GGAUUUUUCUUUAACAAAAUGGCGUAGACUCAGAAAGAAAUUUGUCUCGCUACUGAUAUUCCUCUUUAAUCAUUUAUUCUGCAAGAAUUCACUAGAAUUUAAUUUAACAAUUUUUGUUGCUUUUUGCCAACGAUUACUCAAUGUGAAAUAUCUCGUUUAGACUAGCCGUAUGCAAUGUUCUACAAUGAUUGCAAAAGCACGUUUUUUUCUUCUUUUUGUUUUAUUUCAAUCACCUUAUUUUGUGAAAAAUUGUAUGAUUCUAGUAUACUUUAUUCCAAUGCGUUGUUUUUUUUUUUUUAACAAAUGAAUAAAAAUGUAAGUAUAGUUUUGACUGGUUUUUAUGUUUACGAUUCACUUGUGUUCGCUUGAAAUUUAUGAUUAAACGAAUGAUGUGAAAUACCUUUUGCGUUCGGUUGAAUCGAAAAAAGUUCCGAAGAUUCUAGAAAAUUCUUCGAUAUACACACUAGCACAAAGGCACGACCGUAAAGCUCACACUUCAAUAGAAGAAAGAUUGCACACUAUAUUUCGCGUCUGACAGCACGCUAAUCGAUCGUCGAACAAACGAGAAAGAGUGGCGCCACUGUCACUACAUAUGACACAUUCAAAUGAAUUUUAUAAUGCGACUUACUUUUGAUUUAAUUUUAUCUACUAUUCAAAGGUGUUUUUUUUAAAUAAGAAAUGGAUAAUUAAUGGUUCGUUUUGACCGAUUUGAGACAGUUGUUUUUUCAAUGGGACUGCAGCAAGAAUUAAUUUUUUUUUGUUAAUUUGUGGGCUCAUUUGUUCAGUUUUUGCAUAAAAGUUCCAAAGCUUACAUCAAUACGUAACGCCAUCUGUUUGACGUAAAUGUAAUGGUUUAAAUUGACAUCAACUUAGAGACGUAACUGCAACUCUCUUUUUUUCUCAAUAUUGUCUACGGCCUUAUUAUCUUAUUAAACAGAUAUGCCUUUUUUCAAUAAAAAUUAAAGUCCUUAUUUAGUUUGCUAAUAAGUGUAAAGAAAUUAAAUUACAUAUUAGCCCAAAUUAAGAAGCGUAAUCGAUUUGAGUAAAAAAAAUUUACUAAGAUUAGCGACAACUUAAGUGAUAUGAACAUUGCUAAAGCUUGGUUGAUUGAAAAUAAUAGGUUUGAAAAAGCGAUGAGCCAGCACAUACAAGGAUGGAUAAAAUGUUAGGUGUUAUGUAGCAGCAUGGAAACUGUGGAAAUUGAAAGCUUCAAUUGGCGAAAACAUUUGGCGAAGUUUUCCACAUUGAUGACAAAACGAGUUUUGCUUCCAGAGUGAACGGAAGCUCAUCCUAGAUACGUUACGUAUUCACUUUUGUGUUUUUCGGCCAUAGAAAAAGAAGACAUCAUUCUCGACUUAUCGAACAAAGUUUCGCCAAGCCAAUAACGUAACUUAUCGACACUGAACGUUGAGUUGACACAAACACAGUGUUGUGCCAUCGAUUUGAAUUCUUCGGUUUUUUAAUUAAAAAUCAAUGUGACAAAACUGACCGAAGAUGCAAGUGAUGCGACAUAUUUUAUUUGGCAUGCUGAUAUGUACAUGCCUUAUCGGUUACAGUCUAGCAGCUUCACUUUCAUUAUUGAUGCCAGCUUCAAGCAGACUUCCCAACAACGGACACCAUUCCCUCUCCUCCAUAUCUCAUUCAAAUGCACUGCGCAAUAAUUAUAUAAAACGUAGUGAUGAACUCCAGACAGAGGUAGAUCAAGAUGUCUUGGAUUUAGAGAGCUUAAAACGUGUGACAAACGAUGCACCAACAGAAAAACAAGGUGACAAAUUGGCAACUCUUGAAAUGCAGUUAGCAGCUGCUUCUGCCGUUGCUGCGACUGCAGCAGUGAAUGCUGGACACCAUGAGCAGUAUGAUACUUCGACAUAUGGAAAUAACGAAAAGCAACCAGCCGAAACAGAUGCAACAAUCAAAGUCCCAUCCACUGAUGAUGUCCAUUCCGAAAUUGUUACUCCAAAUGUGAACGGAGCACAAGGUGCUCAACCCAAACAAUAUCAUGGAGCUGCGCGACUAGCGUUUGGACAAAAUCCAGAAAUUAAUGCGGAGUAUCUAUUCAAACAUAGUGGUGGUCAAUAUUCAGCAUUGGAUAUGGCGCAAUACGUAUUUUGGACUGGAGAUGAGGAGGGUGUAGCAAAAGCCGUUGAAGAGUUCAUUCGAAAGGGUUUGAUGUCACGUGAAAAUGCGAUCAAGUUUUUAAGAGACAUUUCGAUGGGAAUCGAUUAUUUGGAAAAUGCGUACGCAACCAAUCGUCAAGUUGAUCCAAUUGAUGAUAAUUCAUUACGGGACUAUCCACCAACGGUUGCAACGACAACAACUACUACUACAACAACAACAACGCAAAAACCAAUUAUAUUGGUAGAGAAAUCGGUGAUUGCUCCAUUUGGAGAAAUUCCAUCGCCAUUGAUGCAACUCAAUAAAAUUCCAAAUGAAAAAACCAAAGAACAUUCCGUCAAUUUCGAUGAAGCGUCCGGUCGCCUGAGAUUGGCCGACUUUCUUUAUGCAGAGUAUUCACUAGAAGAAGUAAUAUAUCAAUUGGCAAAGGUAAUGUUUUCUCAGUCAUUAUCAAAGGGAUCAGAAGAAGCGCAAAUUGCCUUGCAACGACUGACAACAUUCCUUGAAGGUGAAGGAACCAGCGGCCGAAUAUCACCCGCUUUGCAGAAAAAAGUCUUAGAUGUAUUACUAGUUGCUUUGUCAGAUUGUUUGGCAGAAAAUCCACAGUUAUUUGCAGCUGCAAAACUGAGUUUGGGUGAUACGGGUGGUCAAUUAUCAAAGCAACCAGAUAAACAUUUUGCUAUGCAAAUAAAUGAAUAAAGAAUUAUUUACUUAAAUAACAACAAGAAAAAAUUAUCGUUUCACCAAAACUUCAAUAUUCAACACGUCCACGCACACAUGGAAUAAAAGGAUAUACGAUUAAAUUAACACUUUGUCGAAUUCUGUAUAUCUCAUGUAUUGAGCUUUGUAAGUUAUAAGAAUUUAUGAAUGUAAUUUAAUUGGAAUAAUAAAAAACAUGAAACUCUACACAAA